AUGGGAGUGCCUACGGAGGGUUUGCAAUGUCGACCAACACCAUUCUUACCACGACCCGCUCUCGCUUGCACAAAGAGGCAGCAGCCUCAAUCAGGCUUGACCUCUCCAAACCUCGGUCUGAAAAGCUCUAUCUUAGCUACAACAAGGACUAGAAAGCAUAGGGAUCCCGAAGGAUGGCUAUCGUCAAUCGUCGAUUGCGAACCUCUUGAAAAGUAG